AUGUUUGUGGCUCCUCCCAGAGAACUUGGUAAAACAUUCCAGCCCACCUCUGAGAAUCUGCUGGCUCCUCCACACGCUCCACUGAGCUCCAGUCAAGAUUUUACAGGAGGUGGAGAGAGACACUAAGCUGACACAGAAAUGAGAGGACUUGUUGUCUUGGUUACUUUGGCCUGCUUUGCCAACGCUCAGCACCAAGCACUGAUUGACUAUUUGGAGCGGAGGCUGCUUGCUAUUGAGGACCGGAUCUCUCUGUGGCACGAACAGACCACUCGUUAUGCCUCGGAGCUGCGAGAGCUGAAGCAACAGAUGGUUUCCCAGCUGGAGACCUUGGACAAAGAGAAAGAGGCGCUGAGAAUGAAUCUGGACGGUGUAGGCACCAGGGUGGACCGGGUGGAGCGAGAGCUGGACUACCUGGAGACGCAGAACGGGGUUCAGCCGUGUGUGGAUGUGGACGACAAGUUGAUAGAGCAGCAGGUAACUCUGGUGCAGGAGAAGCAGAAGGCCAAAUAUUUUAAACUCUCAGACUGCAGUGACAUGAUCUCCAGUAUAAAAGCCAUGAAGAUCUUAAAGCGAGUUGGAGGACCAAAGGGCAUGUGGACUAAAGACAGCAGUAGGGGCUCUGGGAAGGUCUACGUCUUUAAUGGGACGGAUGACGACACCAUCCAUGAGUUUUCCUCUGCGCAAGACUUCACCCGCUCUCCGGGUCUGUCUCUGUCCAAGAGCCUGAAGCUGCCCUCAUCCUGGAGGGGAACAGGACACAUCAUCUACAACAACCACGCCUAUUAUGUAAAUCAGGUUGAGGAUGUAAUGGUGGUUAAAUAUGACAUGAAGACCAACUCUGUGACGGACAGUGCUGUGUUUCCAGUUCAGGACCAUGUCCCUGUGUACGGCCUGACCCCCGAGACAGUGAUGGACCUGGCUGUGGAUGAGGAAGGCCUGUGGGCCAUUUACGCCACCCGGCAGAACGAGCGGCACAUCUCUCUGGCUAAAAUGGACGCCAACUCGCUGGACAUCGAGCAGAUGUGGGACACAAACUGCCCGAGAGAGAACGCAGAGUCGGCGUUUGUCAUCUGUGGCACUCUCUAUGUGGUGUACAACACCAAGCAGCCCGGCCGCUCACGUGUUCAGUGUGUGUUUGAUGUCAAUGGCAUGGUGAGCAACGAAGAGGCGCCACUGGUUUAUUUUCCCAAACGCUAUGGAGCUCACUCCAGUCUCAAGUACAACCCACAGGAGCGGCUGCUGUACGCCUGGGAUGAUGGCUACCAGAUCCUGUACAAGCUUGUCAUGAAAAAGAAACUAGAAAUAUAAAUUGAUUCAUAAUCAAAAUCAUCCUCCCAAAACUCCCACUAACCUACCUACAGGCGUUUUUUUGCAAAGUUUAGUUACUUGCAAAAUCAUAUAUAAUUCAUAUAACUGGCGACCAUUUUAUAAUGUGUGUUGUAGAAUUUCAGAUUUUAAAAUUAGUUCAUUUUAGGGAAGCCAUUAGUUUCCAUUUCAUAUACUAUUGAAUCAUAGAUCAUAGAAAUAAGUAACAAUGCCACUGCAGUAAUUCAGUUAAUAGUUGAUUUAUAAUUUAAAGCUAAUGUUAAGUUUGAUGCGUUAAACAACUCGACAAUGUUUCAAGAGUGUCACUACAUUUCCCUGUGAGUAAACUAGAAUGGCACUCAGUAGAUUGCAAACUUCCAACAGUCAGUGGAGAUAAUAUUCUUUAACAGUAAGAAAAAUACAUUCAAAAAUCUGAAACCUGAAAUCUGAAAAAAGUUUUUCAAAUAAUGUUUGAGCAAUGUUUGAAGCUAACGUGAACGCACAGUUACAAAAAUGCUAAAUUACUGUUAUGUUCUUUAAUGUUUGUUUUUUUUGAUUGGAGAAAUUUGUACUUUCACAGGUUCAGGUUUGAAUUUAAGACCGGACUCUGAGGGCAGAACACUGCAGGAUCUGAGACAAAGAAUAGUUUCACAGGUUUCAUGUGAAAACCUGAAUCAAAGACUGAGACUGAAUGUGGUAACAGAGUGACUGUUCACAGAGUCUGACAGGCUGCGGAGCAGUUUUCCAGAGUUUCAGAGGUUUAGGCUGAGUCAAGGGCUGGCAGGUGUCCAACCUGUAAGUGUGGUAAUGAGAGCUGGCUGAGCGUGGCAGGAACUUUAGGUCAAAAAAAGAAAAGACACAGUGAUCAUUAUUCAGGCAGAGAGGCAGGUAAGAAAACCUACAAAAAGAUUGAAAUACUAGAAUAGCAUUCAGCAGCGUGCAUACUUCUGCUAAAAGGGCCCUUAAGUUGUUUUGAGACAUUUUCCUAAAAAUGUCAAGGGGUUGUUUGUGAGAGCACAAAUGUCCAAGUCAAUUGCUCCAGACAUUUUUGGGUAAUUUUCCUGCCAGCCCACUGAUGAAAUGUGGAGAAAUGGUUGUGUUGAUGGCGAUUCUAACAUGCGACGGAUGCAAAAGUGAAAAAAACAAAAACAAUACAGAUGUCUGAGGAUGAAAAUGAGGUGCCGUACACGUAGACGAUGGGAUGAAGAAGUAAAGAUGGAAAAACAGCGAGAUUCGAGAGCUGUUGGUGAUAAGGGCAGACACCAAGACACCAGACAUUUUUGUGAUGACAUGAAAAAAGGGAUUAAACAAAUCCUGGAUCUGCACCUUUAGUCAAAUCUGCUCCAAACAUCUUCAUCAGCUCAGCAGGUUUUAAUCCUGCCGAAAUCCUGACACACUUUCAGAUGUGAACACGAGAGAUAAUGUGAGUUUUUUUAUCAGAGGCACAGAGUCUCAUGGUCGGCCAAAUCUUAUUUCUAAUCACACUGUAUUGCUGCUGGUGGGCCAACUUGAAUAGGUUUACUGUACUUGAUCUCUGGGGUUGUUCCAAAGACCCUUAUCCCCUUCUGAUGCAAAUAUUAUACAAAUGAAGAUCACACCAUAGGUUUAAACCUUUUCGUACGUACACCUGAUCUGUCAGUUUGACAGAUAAGUCAGUCUAAAUAAAGGCUUCAGUGUUGUUUAACUAGUCACAAUAUAGCAUUCAUUAUAUUGACUAAGAAGCCACGGUUAGUUCAGAGGAUGGCAUCAAAAAUAGACAUUUAUUAAAUUGAAUUACUUACCACAAAUUUCUAGUGAUCGGAUCAAUAAAGUUUAAUACCAACAACUAUAAUCAUCAAAUGGUGUCACCUGUAUAGCAUCCUCAACAAAACUGUCACUGCAGGUAAAAAACAGCUAGCUGGCUAGCACUAAUAUAUAUUUCUCUUUUUGUUUAUCUUUCCUACAAGCCAAGCACAUGUGUUUCUUGUGGUGUUAAUUUUUUACUAAAUGAAAUCACUAAAAUUAGCAGAGCACCACCAUUCUCAUUUAAUGCAUUAUCAUUAUAGUAAAUAAUUUAUAUACCAGUAUAAAAUAUAUUUCUUGUUUGUUUGUUUACAAGAUGCUAAUAUUCCCACAUUUUACUUUCCUUCUUGUUACUGUUCUUUAUUGACUAAAUGGUAAACUAGAUGUGUUAGCUCUUGGACCCUGUAUUUUUCUAUAAACAGUCAGUAGAGAUACAAACGUAUUAAAGCCACUAUGUAGGAUUUUAACGUUUUAGACUUUUUCUAUUUACACUGUUGCUAAAAUGCUUUUUUUCACCCUGCUUCCUGGAAAGUGAAUCUCUGUAUUGUUUGACAUGACGUCAAAGUAUGGCGUGACAAAUAAAAACGCAUUCCUGUUUAAAAGA